UUAAAAGAACUAUUUCUGAUGAAUAAAUGAAGGUGUAUGAUUUCAGCAGGUGGAAGAGAACAGUGAAGUGUGUGUUAAUUAUUACGCUGCUGUUAUAGUAAUAUAAAUAACUGAAUUAAAGUUAUUACUAGUUAUACUGAAUGUUUUAUAAGGAAUGAAACAGAACUUUAUUCCUAAAAGAACUCUUUUCCUUAUGAAACUUUCCUCAGUUACACCUGAAGCAGCUCCAGCUUCCUGUUCUUCUUCCCUUUCAGUUGUAGCUCACUUUGACAUUUGGUGUGUGACCAUAGCGACCGCUGACCAAUCACGGAGCAGAGAGCUCCGCUAGGGGGCGUGGCUAUUUCCGGAGAAGCGGUGGAGUUAAAAAAAAAAAAAAACCAUGAAAAAAACAAAAAACAAAAAACCCACAGCGCUUGUCGAGCAGCUGCGCGAGAGGAGGAGAGCUCGCGCGUCACGGAGGAGCGUCGGUAUGUGUGCUCUCGCGCCGUGUUCGGUGAACGGGAUUACGUGUUAAUACUGCACGCGCCGUGACUGAACCGAAGAUGGACGAGUCGUCGCUGUUGGAUUUACUGGAGUGCUCGGUGUGCCUGGAGCGGCUGGACGCGAGCGCCAAGGUGCUGCCGUGCCAACACACGUUCUGCCGCCGCUGCCUCGAGAGCAUCGUGUGCUCGCGCCGCGAACUGCGCUGCCCCGAGUGUCGCGUGCUCGUCGACUGCGGCGUCGACGAUUUACCGGCCAACAUCCUGCUCGUGCGCCUCCUGGACGGCCUGAAGCACCGCGCGCCCGUGCGGCCGUUAGGCACCGCGUCGCCCCCCGGUACAGCGGUCCGGGACUCGCCCAGCGCCACGCGCAGCUCUCCAGUCAAGAACGUUCCUCAGCUGCCCUGUGGCAAGGCGCUCUACAGCUACGAGGGCAAAGAGCCCGGAGACCUGAAGUUCAACAAGGGUGACAUCAUCAUCCUGCGACGGAAAGUGGACGAGAACUGGUUCCACGGAGAGCUGAACGGCAGCCACGGCUUCCUGCCGGCGAGCUACGUGCAGUGCAUCAGGCCGCUGUCGCAGACGCCGCCGCAGGGGAAAGCGCUCUACGACUUCGAGAUGAAGGACAAAGAGCAGGAUAAAGACUGCCUCACCUUCACAAAGGAUGAGAUCCUCACGGUGAUUCGCAGAGUGGACGAAAACUGGGCAGAAGGCAUGCUGGGAGAUAAGAUUGGGAUUUUCCCCAUCCUCUACGUGGAGCUGAAUGAAGCUGCCAAGCAGCUGAUGGAGAUGGAUAAACCAGCCCCCGGGCCUAGUGCUGAGUCAGAAACCCCAGCAUCCAGCCACGGUGAUGGCCAUGGCGACGCCCCACGGCAACGGGCAGAAGGAAAGAAGAAUGCGAAGAAGCGUCACUCGUUCACAGCAUUGAGCAUGACGCAACGCACAGCACUCGCUAACAACAACCGCCACUCCAUGGAAAUCAACGCGUCUGAUCCGAGAGCGAGGGUCGGAGAGUACGCACAUCUCAGCUCCAGCGCUCCAACCUCACAGGACUCAUCGUUUAACGCUGGAGCAGUGGUGCAGCCUCGAGUGACUCCAACAUCUGGAGAGCUUCUCGCUGCUGUAAAAGUUCAGCUCCCUCUUAACAUCUACUUGGCUUUGUAUGCGUAUAAACCUCAAAAAGCAGAUGAGCUGGAGCUGAGGAAAGGAGAAAUGUACCGCGUGAUGGAAAAGUGCCAAGACGGCUGGUUCAAGGGAACAUCACUGCGCAGCGGCGCCUCCGGAGUUUUCCCCGGGAAUUACGUCACCCCUGUGUCCAGGGCGCCGUUUGCAGUCGGCCAAUCACGUGCUUGCAUUCCCGGAUCAGUGAUUAAACCGGUUCCUGGUUCUCCUGGAUCUCCCCGCCCCUCCAGCCCAGUCCUGAUUGGCCCUGCUUCUCGUGCUGUCCCUCACAUGACCACAAACGCCGCGCCUUCGCUGGUGACAAGCCCCGCCCCUUCUCUGGUGACAAGCCCCGCCCCUUCACUGACCUCGAGCCCUGCCUCCUCUCCUCACCUGAAGAACUGCCUGCGACUGUGCAGCCAGCCACAGCUGGGUGGAAGUCCUCACUCCUCCCCCUCUCGAUCCCCCACCCCUCUGUGUACCCGCCCCGCAAUGAUCUCAUCACCUCAGGUUCACCCAGUUAGCUCACUCAACUUGGGCAUCGCCCACCUGAAUGGGGCGGAGCCUCCGGAAUGUCCAUCGUCACCCAAGAUGGAGGAGAAGAAAGCCGAGAAGAAAGAAAAAAAGAGCGGCGUUCUCCUCAAGCUGCUGAAGAAGAAAUCUCGCUCGCCGCCUUCCUCUUCCCCGACUCACGACCCUACGUCCUCUUCCACGUCGGCUUCCUCCUCAUCCUCCACCUCCUCCUCCUCUUCCGCAGCCGUUCACGGGGCCACGGCGGCAGAUUUUCAGGUGUUUAGCCGCGCCGGCUCGUGCCCCAUCGAGAGCGACAUGCAGGGAGCCGCCGGCAUCCAACCUCUGAACAGGAAGUGCGGCUCGCUCGACCUCGACCUGGCACCGCGCCAGCCGUUUUUCCCUCCCACAUCCUCUUCCUCGUCCUCCACUUCCUGUUCCGCGAUGCUGGCCAUCCGUCCUGAACCCAAGCCUUUAUCACGUGAGAGAUAUCGUGCUGUGGUGUCGUAUCCUCCGCAGAGCGACGCCGAGAUCGAGCUGAAGCAGGGCGACAUCGUAUUCGUUCACAAGAAGCGUGACGACGGCUGGUACAAGGGAACUCUGCAGCGCACCGGACGCACCGGGCUGUUCCCCGGCAGCUUCGUCGAGAGCUUCUGAGGAUCCUGAGACGCUCAGAAAGAAACAACAACAAAAAAACAGCAAGGUUUACAGAGUUUCACGGCUUCUCCUCAGAAACAUUCACAAGUGUUCAGAACAGUGAACUAAAAAAUUCAACAGCUUGAAGAAUGUUUGUGGGAAAAAAAGGUUUACAGAGUUUCUGCAUUUAAAAAAAGUGAAACAUCUCAGAAGCAUCUCAGAAUCGUCCAUCGAGUCUCUGCUAACUCAAGGAAGGUUUCUUUUCUGUUCGAACUGUUACCUCAGAGUCGUUCUCCACUGCACAGUUACCCAACGAGCACAAAAUGGACUUCACACACACACACACACACACACACACACACACACACACACCUCACAACAGUGACUUUCACACAAGGAACUCGAGGAAUGUUUGUUAAAAAAAUGGUUGAGUUUGAGUCCAAAAGCCGGCCUUCGCUUCACCUCCCGCUGCUUAGCUAGGUUUACACACACACACACACACACACACGUAUACACACACACACACACAAAGACAGCUCAAUAUUAUCCGUAUCGUGAUGUUUACAUGGCCAUCGCACUGAUAUACUGAUAUUUUUGAAAAUAUUUUAGAUCAGUUUCAUCAAAAUAUAUCCGCACAAACAAUUAAACAAUGCUGACAGCAGGUGGCGACAGUGUGCCAUAGCAUGCUGGAAUAACGUAAAUAAAGAGCUGCGUAUUGAGCAAGAAAAGAACAGACAGUUUUAACCAUGACUUUUUUUUUUAAAUGACAUCCAAUCAGCUGCUUCUGUUCAGUUCCAGUUAGUUUGUAGACUCCGCCCCGAGCCUGUCGUAUUCAGGUGGAAUAAUAAAACAAAGCGAAAUUUAACGGUUUUAAUCUCAAAUAAGAAAUUACAGAGCGUAAAGUAACGACCUGGUGAUCAGCCGUGAUAGACAGAAUGGGCGUGGCCAUGGUCCUGGAUAACGCGCGUGAGUAAAACCCAGGUGAAUAUUAGCACACUGUUCUGAUUAAAUCUGGACGUUCCUCAGCGCGGCUGAAAAGCAGAACAUAUAGAGAUGGGUAGAUGUUUGAGAUGUUUUCAGAAGGUGGGAAGAUUGUGUGUGCAUUUAAACGUAGCUGAUUACCUGUCGAGCUGAAAAAUUAAACCCAGCAGCUUCAUCGUGAGCUUUGAAAUGUUCGGAACGUUAGAGUUUACAGAGUUUUAUUGUUUUAUUGUUUACACUCCGUCACUCUGACCGUCCAAUCAGCUCGUUUCAGCCCAAACACCUAAACAGGAAAAGGAAUUCACCUGAGUGAAGCAGUUCUGCCCAGAGGAUCACACAGAACCAACAUUUCAGUGGUGUCUUGUCCUGAAGUGGUGAAUUUUUAUUAAAAUCUUUUUUGCUGUUUUUCAAAAAAAUAAUGUAGGCUGAAACGUACAUUUUGAAGUAAAGGAGGUUUAUAAAUUCUAGUGCGAGCACAAAGCGGUUAAAAUGAUCAGCGAGUGAGAUUUGUGGUGUCUCGAACUUCCUUCGUAAAGAUGGUUCACGUUUCACUGUUGAAGGAUUACCGCGAGAUCUCGAGACGGUUAAUACAGAACAAAACCCAAACUUCCUUUCCUUUUAUUCCUUCCCCUCCUUUCAUCUCAUCCAGUCACUAAAAGGAAUAAUAAAGCCAGUGUUCUAUUACUGAACCUUUGAUCAUUUCUACAGUGAGGGUAAAUUAGGAGCUAGUGAAACGGCUGGACGUAGAAGGAGGUGAUGAAAAUAAAGAGCGAUAGUACAUGACCGAAAAGAACAGGAGUAAAUAAUGAACAUCAUUUGAUUCGCUGUUUAUUGUUUAUUUAUGUUAUUCACUCGCUCUUUAAUCCGCUUCUGCGUUCAUUUACAUAAUCGACUCGUUAAUGACGAAUUGUUAGAAAAAUCCCUCAGAACCGUCAGGAAUAAAAACUACCCCUAGACGUGAUGCCUGCACGCCUGCGAUCAUACGACCAGCCUGAAGUGACAGACGUUUUUUCAUUCUUUGGGGGUAAAAUCUUGAUCCUACAUGUAGAUUAGAUUCAUGAUUAGAUGUUAAUUUCUAUGGAAGUUAUCUUGGAUGAAAAAUUUGGCAGAAGUAAAAAAAAUCUGUAAUAAUCUGGGCUUUUUACCUUCUCGCCCUGAAUUCUCAAACACCACCGUGUCACGGCUGAAAGAGCGAAUCCGAGCAAAACAUCGUAACUGAGAAAUAAGGCCUGUAAAGGGAACAGAUUUCCGCGAGUCCUCAUUUUUGUUGGUGUUUCACAUUUUGCUGAAUGAUUAUCUUCUAAACAAACUCAAAGGAACGUGGAUUAGCAUUAAAUAAUGUCUCCUAGCUUCAUUACCUCAGAAUAACAGUUUAUGGCACAAAGUGACGGUUAAAGCACAGCAAGCUCGCUCUCUCUCUCUCACACACACAAGCACACACACACACACACCAUACGCAUACAUACACACACACACACACACACACACAGAGCACAAAGAGGCGUUGGGUUUGAUCUGAAAUCCCGUACUAAUGUGAAGUGAAAGUGCUCACCUCCGAAUCUCCACCCUACAUCCCUACAUCCGCUACCGGGAGGGUGUGUGUUCUCUGCCCUCUUCCUCAUACAGGAUCUCAUACAUGCCCGUGAUUGGCCGGUGUUGCUGUGAUUGACAGGACAGAAAGCAUGCCCCUCCCACACAGACAGCACGGCCAGUUUUGCUCCCUGUCUCCCGCAGACUGUCGAUGUGAUUGUCAGGAUGUGAACUCACGCCACUGGAGAGAUGAUAAUAUUUAGUAAUGAAAACACCUUACACCAGGGGUCUGAAACGGACAGACUGUGAUAACACACCUGAUCCGACCCCGCUCAGUGCAACUCAAAUUACAUUCAAAUCGUCUUGUGAAGAAAAGAAAUUCUUGGUUUGUCCACUAGAGGGUGAGUGACUCCGCCUCUGAUGAAAUGCGUUAAUGAUGUGAUCCUAAAAAGUUUAUGAUCUUUUAGGGGGUCCACAGGAACGGGGGAUGAAUACUUAUCGGUCAUUAACCUGUUUUUUUUUUUUGCUCCGGCCCACUUAUAGCCUAAAGUGGCCCGUUACCUAAAAUGAGUUGCACGCCCCCGCUUUACAAAUUUAAUUAAAUAUACCUCUUGUGUACCUCGGUUACGUCAAUCUGGGGAAAAGACUCUGAAUAAGGCAAUAUGAACUGAUUAUAUAUAUAACAGACUGGAUUUCUGGAAUAAUAAACAUGGUCCAUACGGGAAGGAAACGUUUUACACACACACACACACACACACACAGUCUACAGAUAAUAAUCAGCCGCCUCCUGAGGGUCUCGUUUUCUCUGAAACUGUGAGCGUGGAGAUUUUUCAUUGAACAAUGUGAACUAAUGUGAACUCGGGAUGUACACUGGAUUCGUGGAUUUAGCACAAACUCAGCGUCAAUUAAAAGAAUUUAGCACAAAUUUGAUCAACUUGCCACACGUUCACCAGCGAGGGGGUGGAUUUAGGAGCAUUUUACAGUCAGACAUGUGGUACAGAUUGCUCAGAGUCUAGAGGAAUAUUCACACGGAUUUAGCAGCUACUGUUGGAAUUACUACGAACUUUAACAGACUCGAUCAACUUUCCAUAAUAUUGAGCACCGCGUCGAGAAAUUAGCACCAAUCUACCAGCAACUGAAAGAAUUUAGCACAAAAAAUUACUUUAAAUAACUAAAUAAAUAAAGGCUGGAUUGGGUCAUGACUCAGCUACACACAAAUACAAAUAAACAAACCCACCAUUUCUGCCUUUUCCUGAUAGAAUACACCGUAUAAACAAACCCCGAUGCCUAGUGUGCUGUCCACAUCGCCACACAUUAAAGACAGCAUCGUGUGCUGCUUGUAUUUAUUUAUCUUUUUUAUAUAUAUAUGUUUGUUUCAACAUACCAAUAUUUCUUAUUUUAAUUCAUGUAAGUUGUUUUUUAUUUUUCUGUACAAAUGUUGUUUAGGGUUUUUUUCUCCCUUUAUUUAUGUUGAUUGUCAUUGUUUUGGAUUCGCCACACAGGAUUUUGUGUGGAUUUUAGGAUUAGCAUGCUAACUAGCUCCGUCACAAUCAUGUUGUCGUCAUAUUAGCUUGAUUAGCUAACAUUAGACCUAUACAAGCUAUACAAGCUAUACACCUAUACAAGCUAUACACCUAUACAAGCUAUACACCUAUACAAGCUAACUGUUCUUUGGUGCUUGUCUGUUGCUAGCUAGCUACUCGGCUAGUCAUUUUUACAAACAUAGGAAAAAACUGCAUAAAAAAACUAAUUAUAAAACAAAAUCCAAGAAGAGAAUUCACUGUUUUACAACAAGCCAUUUGUGAAGGUUUAAAUGUUUAAGGCGCUAACACUGCGGUUAGCGAAUCAGUUGUCUUAGCUUUACGGAGUCAUUUUUUUUUCUUUCACUUUCUUUCCUCCAAAACAAAGAUUUAUAAAUGUGGAAGAAAUAUGAAACAUGGCUUAUUUUAUCUAGCUAGCUAAUUUCUUACAACCUUACUGAUUAGCAUAGUUAGCUAGCAAUAGUAGCUAAUCAUUUAUUUUCCAUUGGUGCUUGUUUGUAGCUAGCUAGCAACAAAACAGGAGUUUUUAUUUUUUUCAUCCAGAAGACAUACAAAUGUUUACCAAAGCGGAUGGGAAUAAACAUUGAUUCAGCGUAACCAUGGUAACAGCUAGUGAAAUGCAGUGCUUCAGUGAAUGCUUAUAAGGUUGGUUCUCUGGUUAAACCGCUGUCUAUCUAGGCAGGAAGGGACUCACUAGGUAUUGAGACAAAGCCUCUUUUUGAUGUUUUUUAUUUAAUUUUUUUAUGAACCUUGCAAUGAAAAGACGAAGUUGCUUUCGAUCUGUUUUUGUCCUGUUUUCUCUCUCAUUUGUGAAUUUAGUGCCAAUGUUCUCACAAGCACAAGUGCAUCUCCAUGUUGGAGAUCCGGGUUCCAUGCCUGAUUUUAAAGAGAAACAUGACUGUGUUGAGAAGGAGAAAAAAGAAAAAAAAAAAGAAAUAUAAAUAUGAAAAAAUAUAUAUUGUGAAAACAUAUUUAUAGGCCAUUGGUGCUACAGUCGAGAUACUGAGGAAAACUGCCUCGUGAACUUUUGACAGUGUGUUCAUUUACACAUCGUCUUGUACUGACUACUUGUGACUUUUUUUCCAUGUAAAAAAGUGCAUUUUAGCAAUAAAUGCCAUUGUUUUAAAAACAUAACGAUUGUGCUGCUGUGCUUCCUGCGUAACACACUCGGAGGAACGCA